UUACAAAAGGAAAAAGAAAAUCAGUUUCAUAACAAGACAUCCCACACAACUCGGCUUCGACCCCUGAGUAAGGACAUUCUGCAUCCCCCUGCCGUCUACGCUGCUUCUAUAAUCCCAACAUCGAAGUGCUCCAAUUAAUAGCACACCGCUAUCUGCGUAAGUGUGCCACACAUUUAUUUUCUUUGUUGCUAGAGUGUUAGAGUGUAUACACUACCCGGCAACACGUUGCUACGCUACAUGCUUGCUGUCACUGCACCUGCUUUUUCUUAAGAUCAGUGGGCUAAAAACCUUUCUUUAAUGUGGAGGCUGAUCACAUCCCUGUGCCUACGGCAUCCGCGAGGUACAGCGAUUCAAAUACAUGAGCGGCUAUGCACCACGCAACGUGCAGAAGAGAACCGGCAUACAGUGGAAGCGCUAUAUCUACUGUCCGUAGACAUCCAGAAGGUCAGAAAACUGAAGUGCUGGAUCCUGUAUCAAACCCCCACUUAUGUUAAUGAGGUAGCCGAGCUGAUGAGGGAAAUGGGGGCUUCUGGCUCUAUAGUUGCUGGGGUUCUAACUCAGUACCCCGAGGCGGUCCUCUGCCACCCUGAGCAAAUGCAGGCUCAGCGGGACCUGUGGUUGUCUGUGUGUCCAAACCACAGAGAACUUGUUGGCGUCAUUGAAAAAUUCCCUGCCUCCUUUUUCACCUGUGCCAGCCACCACGCCAAUCAGCGUGCCAACAUAACAUACUUCCGCCAAUUGAACCUCAACAAGCGCAUCAUCACGAAGCUGAUGUCUGGGGCUCCCAUGAGCUUCAGCCGACCAGUAGACGACAACAAAAAGAUGAUCCACACCCUCCAGGCAGCCUACCUGGAGCUGGGCGGAAAGGACACCAACGUGAAAAUCUGGCUCCAGAAGCUGCUGAGCCAGAACCCGUUCGUCCUCCUCAAAGACCCGGAGCUGCUGAGGCACAACUUCCACUUCCUGACCCGGAAAGGCUUCACCACCUCCGAGCUGCUGGGCCUCCUCUCCAAGCUCAGGGGCUUCGUCACGGAGCUGAACCCCGACGCCAUGCAGCGCACCCUGGCCUUCUCGCAGCGCACCCUGGGCUGCUCCGACGACCAGCUCCGGCACGUGGUCCUGGACUGCCCGGCGCUGCUGUACCACUCGGAGGUGGUGCUGGCGCAGCGCUUCCAGGGGCUGUCUGCGGUGGGCAUCAGCGCGGCCCAGAUCUUACAGGCUCCCACCAUCCUGGAGCUCACCACGGAGAUUGUGAACCACCGCGUGCAGAGCCUGAGGUCGCACGGCUACGACAUCCAGACCGGGGGGCUGGCGGCUCUCUGUGGCACCAAGAAGGACUUUGAGGCGAGCUACGGGAGGCUGCAGCUACGCAGAGAGAGGCCGAUGUUUAACCCCGUCGCCCCUUUGAGGACGGACGACUGACGGGUCAUGGUACCAGACUGAAUAGGGGGACGGAAAUGUGAUGCUGUGAAUGUAGUCUCUCUGUAUUUAUUUGAAUCUGUGCGCAAGGACAGCUCCAGUGUGGUUGAGAGUCGGCCUGCUUAUUUAAUACCAACAGUUCAUUUGUGAGACAAUUAAAGAGUUCUGAAGGUGAAAACACCUCAAACGUUUAGUGGAGAGAUAUAUCUCCCUGCCAAGGGAUGUAUAUAUUAUUUCAGGUUUUAUAUGUUGGUCCAGUUUUAUGAUAAGCUGAUUUUCAAGUGCAUUAUAUACAGAAGCAUGACUUGCACCCAUGUGACUUGAUUACAAUCUUGUUGUAUUACUAAGUGCAUCUCAGGGAUAAAAUGCAGUGUUCCAUUACAUUGUCAUUUUACCAAUGUUAAAGCCUGUCAGGUUCUGCUUAUUAUGAGUUGUUUAUAGUUAAGAACCGAAAAUACAUUUGAAUUCUAAUAUUCACCAGAUACUCCUUAAACUUGGUUGCCAAUUGUGAGGAAGGCUCAAUGGCAUCCUCCCAGUACAAAUGCAAAUGUUAAAUAUGUCUGUCUGGAAAGUGUUUAACCUCCGAUAACCUCCUGUCCUCUGCCCUCUCCCUCUGCGGUAACACAUGGCACGUGUCAAUAUGAUUGAUGCAUCCUCUAAACCCAGCUAUACACUUAGGAAUAAAAAGGAGCAUCGGAAGUGACUGAAAUCCCCUGACAUGUUUUAUUAUUUUCUGAUUUGAGGCACUUGAAAUAGCAGAAUAAAUAUUAUUUUACAUCAGCUUA